UAUCUUGAUCGUGUUUGCAAUUAUUUUGUCAGCUGGUAAGUGGUAUUGGGAGCUGGUUGAUCUUUUGAUCAUGGAGUUGUUCUACUGGUGUGGAAAGCCGUCGGAAGACCCUCACAGCCUGGCCCUUCUGGUCUACAUGCAGAUGAGCAAAGCUGAUGUGAAGCGCACGCCAUGCUCUCACCCCAGCCAAUCUCCUUCAGGCACCUUGCCCUGCCUGCAAGCUGGAACGGAGCACUUUGAUACACUGGAGAGUAUUCUCCAAUACCUAAGGAAAAAGGGCUACAACACGGACUAUGACCUGACGCGGCAGCAGAGCACUGAAUGCGUGGCUGUGGCAGCCAUGGUGCAGCAGAAACUCCACUCCGUUCUGCUCUACUCGCUGUGGUGCGAGGACGACACCUACGGCACGUACACGUACCGCUGGUACGGCCGCGUGGUGCCGUUCCCGCGCAACUUCUGGUACGCGUCACGCCGUCGCCGCCUGGUGGAGUCAUCUCUCAUGGCACUCUAUGGCGUGUCGGAUCUAAGCCUGGUCAAGGAAACGGUGUACAGUCAAGCACGGGAGUGUCUUAAUCUCAUCUCGGAACGGCUGGACGGGCAGAAGUACUUCUUCGGUGACACGCCGACAAGCAUUGACGCAAUCAUCUACUCUUACAUAUCUCUGCUACAAGCUACACCAGUGUGUCACAAUCAGCUAAAUACUCACAUCCAGGCCUGUCCGCCGCUCACCGCGUUCAAGGCGCUCAUUCAAACGACGUACGCUGAUCGCUUGCCAAACUCAGGCAAAGAACCGUCGUUUGCGGACAGCACGUCGCUACUGCAGCGCAUGAAGCGCAGGGAAUGGUGGUGGGAGAACCAUGUUAACCUUGCGUCGAUCGUCUUCGCCGGCACUGUCAUGCUGUCGUACGCCGCGGCGCGUGGCAUUCUCUGGCAUGGCAAGAGCUAAGGGUGACAGGCGACGUUCUCCGUAUCAUUGCGUUAUCCUGUUUGGAUGCCUAUGUAGACUCUCUCUGUUCUGGACAGGCUGGAGAUGUGCCGGCUGUGCAGGCCACUGCUGGUUGAUUUGACAUCUUGUUGAGUUCGUCCUCGUGCCGAUGGUGAUUGAGCAAGUCAAGUGCUGUGCGUGCUUGCGUAUGUGUGAGUCCUUGCUUUCUGCAAGCAAUCACGUUGCAUGUUUGUGCUGUGGGCCGGAGCCUGUAGGACUCUGUGACCUGCCGUCUCGCGAUGAAUGGUGGCCCUCACCAGUGGGACGAGGCACGUGUACGUGCUUCUUCUUGCAGCUGCUGAAGGUGUACGCCGUGUUUCUCUGCCUGCGUCCCAUGUCCAUGCGUGUCGAGGAUCGUCGGCCAUCACGCCCGUGUGUCUCAUCAGAUCCCACACAUCGGUGUCGUCGGACAAUUGCCGGCACACGGGCAGACAUGUGACGUGCUCUUGCUCGGUUUGCGCCGUGGCUUUGGGUAGUUCUACUCUCCGGUGGCAACCGUCAAGCAGGCCGGCCAGCACUGACAACACCGUGCUAACCAGUUUACUGUGCUCCUCUAUGUUCUGCUCAUCGCCUCUGCCUCUGCUGUAUUCCCUGCACUCCACUCAGUGGCUCAUUUUGGCGAAGCUUUGACAGGCUGUGACCAGUUCUUCAUAAAAUAUACGGCUUUCCAUGCUUUUGAUGUUUGCUGAAUUUUGCUUCUUUCUCCUGGCCAGCUUGAAUUUCUUGUGACAUACCGUGGCAGCUCCGCUGCAGCUCAACACUUGCUAUUGUCGAUUUGUUAUGCCAGCUUGCCCUCUCUGCUGUUUAGUGCUGCCACCCGCUCGUUCUUAAUCCUGGUUGAGUGACUGCAAGAUUUCUGAAAUACAUCAGCUCUACUGCUGCUUUGCCGAUGCUAGUUGGCAGGACGGCAUGUAUGCCGCUCAACACAGAGCUACUUUAUUCAUGAACGUAACAUAUCAGUGGCCAACACUGAGCGGUUUA